CUGAGCAGCACUCUUACAUGCGACACCCGGCCGGAUCGGAAUUAUCAUUUGUAGACUCAGACAAUCACAGUUAAGCCAUGGCAGAGCAAGAGAACGAGGAAUUAGCAUCGUCGGAUUUAGGCACUCUCGAUUUCUGGGAACACGCGUACGCGCAGGAGCUUGACAACUUCCGUGAUCACGGCGACGUGGGCGAGAUAUGGUUCGGCGCGGCCAAUUCGCGCAAGAUCGUACGAUGGAUUGCGACGAAAUUGGAUUUAAACAAAGAAUGCGAUAAGAUAAUUGAUGUAGGAUGCGGUAAUGCAAUGACUUUAGUAGAACUGGCAAAAGAAGGAUUUGCUAAUUUGAUGGGAGUAGAUUAUUCACAGAAAGCAGUAAAUUUGGCUCGCAUGAUCCUGAACGAUAACAAUUUGUCAAAUGUAAAAUUGGAAGUCUGCGAUAUUUUGAAUAAUACAUUGCCGCAUGAUUUUAAACUCGUUCAUGAUAAAGGCACUUACGAUGCUAUCAGUCUAAGUCCAGAAGAUCCAACGGUGAAACGACAGAAAUAUAUUGAAAAUAUACAUCGUAUUCUUUUACCAAAAGGAUAUUUGGUACUGACUUCCUGUAAUUGGACCAAAGAGGAAUUGCUGAAACACUUCACGAAUUAUUUCGAAUUUGAAAGUCAACUUCCUACGGAUACAUUCCAGUUUGGUGGACAAACAGGAAACGUUGUAACACAAUUGGUGUUUCGGAAAAAGUAAAUCUUUAUAUACUUUUAUAUGGAAAUAAAUAAAAUACUUCUCUAAUC